CCAGUAGAGGGCGCACCUGUCUGAGCCCAGCAGCAACACGCAGACUGAGUUAGUUUUACUGAAGAAAACAGAGACAAACAAUCUGCAGAUUAGUGUCAUGUCAGUGUAGUUUAUGCUGCUGUAGUCAGGAGAGAGCUGAGAGCAGUUGUUGGCCUAAAUGUCGCAGUACCACAUCACCGUGCAGGAGGGCAGGCAGCUGCCGCCGCUGCAGAAAUGCUCUCAGUGCUGUUUAUUUUACCACUGCCCCCUCUGCAGCCCUCACGUCUACAAGCCGGCACACAGAUAUAAAGUCCAGAGACAUCUGAAAUGUCACCUUACGAGAGCCGUUCAUUUUAAAGGGUACAGCAUCUACAAGUGCAACCUGGGAUGUCGACCACAAGCUCAUUUCCAUUGUUUCUGUGAGAAACUGUUCCUGAAUCGUAAUCAGUUCAUCCAUCAUCUGAACAGAAAACAUACAGCGGGUGUGUCUGUCUGCCCCGGUGUUGGAGCUCAUGAUGGUGAUGAUGAUGAUGAUGCAGAGCAGUCGCUACCUGCGUCUCCAUCGUCAGGAGAGCAACCUAACGCUGAUCAGAGUCCAACCUGUGCUCCCAUCAAUGACACUCUGCGCUCAUGUGAGACAGAUUAUGCAACAGCAUGGACCUCAGACGCGUUUUCAAACAUCGUGGCUCCCCCACCGACUGAAGGACCAGGUUUAAAUAAUGAGCUGGCCUCAGCACCUUCAGAUGAGUCAUGUCAAUCAAAACUAGGGCCAAAGAAGCUUGCAGAAUGCCCACAGUGCAAUGCGGUGAUAAAUAAAAGACGCCCUAACAUCCACAUGAAAACGAAACACUCAGGUGUAACUUCAAGUUCAGCCCUCAAAGGCCAGCUCAACGUAACAACUGAAUCAGCUGUUAGUGGAUCAAAGUGUCAUCACAAUCCCACUCCAGUCGAGCAGGACAUCUUGACCCAGCUGAGAGUCCUUCAGCAGCAGCAGAACCAAAUCCUGCAGCUGCUGCUGAAACUCACCAACACAGACGGCAUUAAUGACUCCACUGAGGCUGAACUGAAGGCCAUGUUCCCCAUCACAGACGAGGAAGGACUCACUCUCUUAGAGCUGAAGCUCAAUGAAACUCCAGAGUUAAAAAAUCAACUUAUCAGCUUUUUCGGGGACACUGAUGGACGUCCUAUUGAUCAAACAGUGCAGAGGAUACUGGAGAGGAUGCUGUCCAACACAUUUGCAAAGAGGAUGGACUGGAGAGGGAAAAACAACAAGGUGUCCUUUGCGACUUCAUGUCUGAAUAACAUUGUUAACGAUGCAGUGAGGAGGAACAGUGUGUGUGCCAGAGCUGCAGACGAGGCGGUGGAGUCUGCGGUGAAGAAAUGGCUGCAGCAGGUAGCAGAGAGGGAUGAAGCAGCAGAGGGAAGGAGAGAAGAAGUGGUGGGUAUUGAACACCGGCAGUGAAUUUAUCCUACAAGCUUAAAACUCAAUAUGAAUUGAACUCAAUAUACAGAGUUUACUAAUGAAAAUAUGUCUUUUUGCAGAUUAAUUGAUCUCUAUGUUCUAAAGAAAUCCUGGUAAGUGAAUAUUAAAAAGUUAAAAGCUGUAACUACUAACACUGUACUGUUUUUAAAUAUUCACAAAAAACUAAAAUAUCUUUAUUGCUCUUUUCACAGGAGGACAUUUAAUCUGCUGUCUUACACAUCCAUUCUGUAUCUUCUUUCUGUCUUUAAUUCUAUUCUUUAAUUAAAAGACUGAAUUGAU